AUGCUUCGUGGCGCUGCCGGGCUUGCGUUUGCGAUGGGGGCCGCGACGGCCUCCUUCCGCAGCGGCACGUACAUUUGUGAUACGUGGAACGCGUGGAACUGCUUCCCGACCGUCCCAACGAUCGUGCGCUGGAGCGACAACGGCAUCGACGUCGAGUGCAUGUCGACCGACGGCAAGACGUGUUUACCGACGACGACGCCCGACGCUUGCAUCCAGCAUGACAGCGCCGCCAACGCGGCCGCCCUACGCUACGCUGGCGCCAACCACCAAUGUGGCGAAAGCAUCCACAGCGUCGCCGACUGUGGCCAAGCCCCGAGCCGCGAGAUCUACGACGACGCUCUGUUAAUCACGCGCCUCCCCAACCCGGAACCGGUGGUCGACCCGGAACUGGUGCACUACGAACGGGCGACGGAAGAGUGCUUUGUCACUGCAAGUGCAAUGGCCGCUCACGAUGCCGUCGCCCAAAAAUCCAGCAGCUGCUGCGCCUUGAGCGCGAGCGGCCUCGCGGCGUGGCUCACCGACGGCCAGCGCAGGCCCGUGCCCAUGCGCACGUAGAACCGUGGUAAACCAAGAGCAUUAAACGUGCACUCACUAAUCUUCAAGGCGUCGUGUGCGUUUCAAUCGAUGGAACAAGUGGUGCCACCCCUCGCCGGACUUUCUACUCAUAUUU